AUGUGGAUUAAAGAGUAUAAAGGGAGCCGUUCUGACGAUGGGCACAACCGAGAGAAAAAAGCUAGAAAAACCAAAGAGCAAGGUGAAGAGGACAGAAAUACCCAAAAAUCCUCCAGAUACACAAGUCGCCUUUUAGGGCGUGGCCCCUUUACGCGCCAGUCAGACAGUGUGCUACAAACCGAUUAUAAGAAGGAGAACAAGGUCAACCCUACACGCCAGGAAGCAACAAGAGAGCCCGCCGUGUACUGCAAGUUUCAUCGCAGCAAUGACCAUAACACAGAAGAAUGCAGGUCGCUUAAGGAAGACAUUGGUGAACUAAUUAAAGGAGGAGCCCAAAGAAGAUACAACAAUUCGGCCCGAGAAGCUGGUCAAGUCAGGCGUCUCCCAGAGCGAAGUAGGUCGCCAGAAAGACGAAGGACCAACCAAAUUGGUUAUAGGCCUCCCCGUGAUCGAGACCAAAGUGAAGAUUCUCCAAGAGGUCACAGAGAACAGACCAGACCGAUCACCAGGGAACGACGAGAAGCAGAGGAUUCUGCUACCAUCAAACAUGGCGUUAUAAACAUGAUAUCUGACGGUUUGAGCGGAGAUGGAGAAACAACAAACACUAGAAAGAAACACAUAAAGAAGUGUUUGACGAUAUCAGGAAAGAUCAUUAGCAAAACAAAAAAUUCUCUAGUGCCCACGAAACCGAAGAUCGUGUGGGACAACAACGAGUUGGGCAAUGUCCUUCCCGGGCAUGACGAACCCUUAGUCAUUCAAGCCAUAAUUGCCAAUUUUGGCAUAAAUCAAGUGUUCAUAGAUCACGGUAGUUCAACUGACAUUUUAUUUCCACCUUGUUUUAGGGCUUUAGGGUUCACAGUCAAUGACUUGACCCCUAUUGUAGGAGAACUGUCAGGUUUCAAUGCAACCAUCACCAAGCCCCUCGGCAUGAUAAACUUGCGAUUGUCAAUGGGAACACCACCCACUUCAAAGUCAGCCGACAUUCAAUUCUUAGUGCUUGUCACACUUUCAGCCUAUAAUGCCAUCCUAGGAAGAAGGAUGUUCGCCUCCUUUGAAGCUAGCAUUUCCCACCCCCACCUAGCAAUGAAGUUUGUGGCGAGAGACAACAAGGUUGCAACAAUCCGGGGAGACCAAAUAGUAGCCAGAAGUUGUUAG